GGACGAUAUGGCAGCUUACUACCCACCAUCGCCGGGACUUCACACCACCCAAUACUCCUACUAUCAACGUCCUCCUCCCGGAGCGGCGCAACCUCCUCCUGCCGCCGUUCCUCAAUUACAACACCAGUACCACCACCCUCACCAGCCGCCCCCUUUCACUUAUUGUGCACCACCAUUGUAUACGCCGUCGUUUCAAGAUGAGGUUCGAACGCUAUUCAUUGCGGGACUUCCCGAGGACGUCAAGCCUCGUGAGAUUUAUAAUCUUUUUCGUGAGUUCCCGGGAUAUGAAUCUUGUCACCUUCGUAGCCCCAGUGCAACACAAACACAGCCAUUUGGGUUCGCCGUCUUCGUGGAUCAACCUUCUGCGCUUGGGGCAUUGCAUGCUUUAAAUGGGUUGGUGUUUGACCUUGAGAAGGGUUCAACGUUAUAUAUUGAUCUUGCAAAAUCAAAUUCAAGGUCUAAGCGCCCAAGAAUAGAUGAUGAAAGGCAUGGAUCUGACAAGAGGGCAAAAGGAUCUGCUGCAUUUUCUAGAGGCAUUUCUGAUCCUGCAGGUGUUGGCAGCGUUCACAUGCCUGGAUUGAGUAAUUCUGCCUACAACAUGAUUGGUUAUCCAUCUGCACAAAGUCAUGGAAGCUUUGAUGGUAGAGCUGAGAACACCGAUGCAAGAUUGAGAAACUCAUCAGCUCCCGCAUGUCCAACAAUAUUUGUGGCGAAUCUUGGACCAGCUUGUACAGAACAAGAGCUAACUCAAGUAUUUUCAAGAUGCCGUGGAUUUCUGAAAUUAAAGAUGCAGAGUACAUAUGGGACACCAGUGGCAUUCGUAGACUUUGUGGAUACUGCGUGUUCAACUGAAGCACUAAAUCAUCUACAAGGCACUGUUCUUUACUCAUCAGUAUCCGGUGAAGGAAUGCGGCUAGAGUAUGCUAAGUCGAGGAUGGGAAUGCGGAGUAAGAAGUCGAGAUAAAAGUGGAAAUUACAAAUUUGACCUUGCCAUUUAAGGUAAGGGAUAAAGUAGAAUUACACUCUGCACUGUGAGGCUGCAUUUUUUACUUCAUAUUUCAUUUUGAUAUAUAAAGAAUGAAUGUCGUACUCUCUUGUAUUCUUUUUUUUUUUUACUUCAUAAAUGUUGCAAUUGAUGUUUAAUCUUUUUCUUGGUUCGUC